CUGAUGGCUAUCCUUCCGAACAAGAAGAAGCCAUAUCAAUCCAAGGAACGACUGCCGCCGGCAUUCAUUCCCGAUGAACUGAUUUCCGAAAUCCUAUCUCUUCUCAGUGUUAAAACCAUCGUGAGACUCAAAUGCGUAAGCAAGUCAUGGAACAGUCUCAUCUCCGAUCAAACCUUUGUCGAAAAACACCUUAAGGUAUCUUCACAAAACCCACAACUCAUAUUCACACCACCUUAUUUAAAAUACCCUAUGAGUAGUAUCUUACCCAUCCCUGUGUGUCGUUUACUCGAUAAGCCGUCGAUCACUAUUCCCCAUAGUUCGAUGGAGUACUGUCAGGUAGUUGGUUCCUGCAAGGGAUUGCUCUGUUUACUUUUCCAUGAUCUCUGCAGUAAACAGGAACGUAUGUAUCGGACAUACUCGUUUUGUUUAUUGAACCCCGCCACGAGAACACUAUCUGAAAAAUUAGGGACUUUUCAUGACUAUAAUGAUCCAGAACCUCGACCAGGCACUUACAAGUUCAGUUUUGGUUGUGAUAUUUCAACAGGAACUUUCAAGGUGGUGGAGAAUUUUGGAAAACGAGAUACAGAGAAUUGGCGUUCAUGGAUAAGUCAUGUCAGAAUUUUCAGUUUGAGUGAUAAUUGUUGGAGAAAUAUUGAGAGUUUCCCUUUCUUUCCUAUUCAUCUAAACAAUGAUGGCUUGUAUUUCAGUGGCACCGUCAAUUGGCUGGCUCUUCGUAAGCAUGGUUGUUAUGUUGAUUUUUAUCAAUUGAUUCCCAGAGUUGAGGACAUUAUUGUGAUUGUUUCCCUUGAUCUUUCCACUGAGACAUACAAGCAGUUUUCGUUGCCUCCGGGUUUUGAUGAGCUGCCACGCUAUCAGCCAACUCUUCAUGUUCUGAUGGACAGCUUAUGCUUUUCGCAUGAUUUCAAGCGUACUGAGUUUGUAACAUGGAAAAUGACAGAGUUUGGAGUUCAAGAGUCUUGGACUCAGUUAUUUAGAAUUCAAUACUUUAAUCUUCAAAUGUAUGACCUUCCAGGCAAGCAUGACACGUUGGCGUACCUUCUUGAUUAUAACCUUCCAUUGUUGCCAUUAGACAUUUCUCAGAAUGGAGAUACACUAAUAUUUGCAAAUUAUGAAGAUGAGCAAGCUAUUGUCUAUAAUCAUAUAGAUAAGAGAGUAGAGAGAAUUGAAAUUUCCAAGAAACUGUGUUUGUUUUCUGCCAGGAACUAUGUUGAAAGUUUGGUUUCGACUCCUUCAAAGUCUGCAACCCCGACUCGUAGCACAUCCUCUGCAGAUGGAAGUAUGGUAGGAAAGUCCGUCGUAGACGACGAUAGCCAAAUUGGAAAGAUAGUUGGUGAUAGUAGUGAGGAAGACAAAGUUAAAGCCAUUCGGACGAGGAUUAACUAAGUGACAUCAACUCUAAAGAUAACAGGAGUGCUAAUUUCACAACCUCUGAUGGCUGCAGGAACCUUUUUUUUUUUUUUUUUAUGAACGAACUGUAACGAAAAAAGUGACCAUUCGACAGCGGAUUUGAAUAGGAUUUUCAGAUUUUAGAAAAGGUUUUGUUUUUGUGUGAGUGAAUUCAAUUCUAUUUCUGAAUUUUAAUUAAUCGUAUUUCAAGAAGUUUUUGUUACAA